AUGAAAGGCAACAAGCUGGUACGUAUGGCAACGUACACCUGGCAACAACAGCCUGUACACCGAACCAAAGAAAUCCGCAAAUACAAGUGCAUCACCCGGUUCCCCCACAUCCGUGAGCGUCUCUGCAUUCUGGCUCGGCACCAUAUGCUCCUCAGAGAUGAGGACAUCCGGAACCUCAAUGUGUCUGAUGUCUUUGCAACGCUCAACCACAAGAACGCCCAUGGAUCGACGUAG